AUGCCCAUCGGCAAUCUGUACGUCAUUGCAGGCGUCUCCGUCGUCGGAGGCGCCCUGUUUGGCUUCGAUAUUUCGUCCAUGUCGGCCCAGCUCGGCGAGCAGUCAUACAACUGUUACUUCAACGACGGUCCCAAAGGCCCUCCCUUUACGCAGGAACCAUGCAGCGGACCCAAGCCACUCACCCAGGGCGGCAUCGUGGCCUCGAUGGCCGCUGGCUCUUGGCUCGGUGCCCUCAUUUCUGGUAUUCUUUCGGAUCGCUUGGGCCGUAAAAAGUCCAUCAUGAUUGGUGCCGUCAUUUGGAUAAUUGGCUCUAUUCUUUGCUCUGCAGCUCAGAACAAGGGCAUGCUCAUUGUCGGCCGUAUCAUCAACGGUUUCUCUGUCGGUAUCGAGUCUGCUCAGGUCCCAGUCUACAUUGCCGAGAUCUCACCUCCCUCCAAGCGUGGCCGCUUCAUCGGUUUCCAGCAAUGGGCCAUUACUUGGGGCAUCCUCAUCAUGUAUUACAUCUCGUACGGCUGCGCCCAGAUUGGCAAGAACGAGUGGAACGACCACACCACCGCCAACUGGCGUGUGCCCUGGGCUCUUCAAAUGAUCCCCGCCAUCUUCCUCUUUUUCAUGAUGAUGCCCCUUCCCGAGUCUCCUCGCUGGCUCGCGCGCAAGGACCGCUGGGAGGAGUGCCACGGCGUUCUUACUCUCGUCCACGGCCAGGGCGACCCGAACCAUCCCUUUGUCUCGUACGAACUGCAGGACAUCAAGGAUAUGUGCGAGUUUGAGCGUCGUCAUGCUGAUGUGACGUAUCUCGAUCUUUUUAAGCCAAGAAUGUUCAACCGAACCAUCAUUGGUCUGUUUACACAGAUUUGGUCACAGCUUUGUGGCAUGAACGUCAUGAUGUACUACAUUACCUACAUUUUCGAAAUGGCCGGCUACAGUGGCAACGCCAACCUGCUCGCUUCGUCGAUUCAGUAUAUUAUCAACGUCUUGAUGACCGUUCCUGCGCUGCUAUGGGCGGAUAGAUGGGGCCGUCGCAAGACCAUGCUCGUCGGCUCUACCCUCAUGGGCAUUUGGAUGUUCAUGAAUGCUGGUUUGCUUGCUACACACGCCGAAACCAUUCCAAGAAGUGAACGCAAGCAAGAUGUCCUGUCGAUGAAGGUCUCCGGCGCCCCUGCCAAGGCACUCAUUGCCGGAACGUACCUAUUUGUUGCCUCUUACGCUCCCACUUGGGGUCCCGCAUCCUGGACUUACCCCCCCGAGCUGUUCCCCCUCCGUCUUCGCAGCAAGGGUGUCGCUCUGUCCACUUCCGGAAACUGGGCAUUCAACACCGCGCUCGGCCUCUUUACCCCUCCUGCAUUUGCCAACAUUGGCUGGAAGGCCUACAUUGUUUUUGCCGUCUUUAAUGUUGCGGCGUUUGUCCACGUCUUUUUCAACUUCCCUGAAACGGCCGGCAAGACUCUCGAAGAGACCGAGGCAAUGUUUGAGGACCCCAAGGGUAUCCCGUACAUUGGUACUCCUGCCUGGAAGACUCAUCCUGUCACUGGCCGCAUGCGCCAGGCUGAGCACGGCGACAUUGAGGCGGCUGCGGCCAAGACUGCCGCCAUCGAAAAGCCCCAUACUCCUCCUGUAGAGGAACAUGAGGUUUCCCCCAACAAGCAGUAA